UGUACGUCGAUGUUUGCCCAUGUAACCCAGCGGGGACAAAAUUAGGGGUUGUGGGUAUGAGAGAGCUUGAGAGCUACCAGGACCAAGUGAUAACCUUUAAGAAAACCAACAGGAUCGUCGUCACAUACUCCUCUUUCACACUGUGCCUCUGACGCGUUGUAUUUGGAGGAAACAAACAAACGACUCUCACCGGAUGAGAGAGAGAGAGAGAGAGAGAGAGAGAGAGAGAGAGAAAGAGAAAGAGAAAGAGACAUGGCAUCACCUCACAUGGUGAACCUUUAUAAAAGACUAUUUUUAUUUUAGACAAACAUGGAUUUGGAUCUUCACGGACUGUUUGAGCAUAACAAGACAUUUGACUAUGGCGACUAUGAGUACAAGGAGGAAGGUUGCCCAUUCAACACAGUGGCAGUCCUCAUUCCCCUUCUUUACUUUGUGGGACUCAUACUGGGAUUGCUGGGAAAUGGACUGGUGAUGGUAAUACUGUGGCGAAAAAGACGGAACUUGAGUGUGAUGGACAUCUUUAUCUUCCAUCUGGGUAUAUCGGACUGUCUGCUGUUGCUGACACUGCCUCUAUGGGCUGUAGAUGCGGUGAAUGGGUGGAUCAUUGGCACAGGCUUCUGCAAACUGGUUGGAGCUGUGUUCAAGAUCCAUUUCUACUGUGGCAUCUUCUUGCUGGCCCUCAUCAGUCUUGACUGUUGCCUUUCCAUUAUUCGUAGAAUGCAGUUAUAUUCUCGCAAAAAACCCAUGGUGAUUCACGGUUGCUGCGUUAUCGUCUGGUUCUUUUGUCUGCUCCUUUCCAUUCCUGAUUGGCUCUAUCUAAAGGUCAUCAGUGAUGAAACCGAUCAUGCCAAAAUGGAAUGUAAUCACUCUUACUGCUUUGAUUCCUACCAUCUUGCCUCACGUUUGCUACAGCUUGUUGUGGGUUUCACUCUGCCGGCACUAGUGCUCCUGUUCUGUUGUUCCUGCAUCCUUCUGAAGCUAUGCCACACCUCCAGUGGCCUACAGAAGAAGGACAGAAGGACACAUGUUCUUGUAGCCCUGGUGGUGGCCUUCUUCAUCAGCUGGAUGCCCUACAACAUUGUCCUAAUUAAGGACACUGCUCAAACCCUGACAAAUGUCUCCAUAACAGGAGCAGAAAGGUGUGAAGGAAGGCGAUGGACAGCUAGCAAUGCAACAACCGUUUUGGGGCUUCUUCAUUGUGUUGUCAGUCCUGUGAUUUACCUCUUUCUCUCCAAAGAGUUCAGGCGACGCACUUUGGCUAUUAUAAAGUUCACUGGUUGUGAAACGGACAGCAAUGAUUUUUCCCUUUGGGACUCAGCUGAACUGAAUGAUAGCACUUAUGUACAACGGGAGGAACAAGUUUCACUGCAGCCUAUGAAUGACAUUAAACAAACAAUGAAUAACCAGGAUCAGUAUAGAUGAAAAAAGCAUGGAUUCUGCAUUGAGUGUUGAACAGUGUAACUGGGUUCCCAUUCAAAUGUUUAGCAUUUUUUAAGACAUUUCUAAAAAUGUGCUUAAGAAAAUACUAAUUGUUGCACAUUUCCAUCCACUAAGUAAUGUGCAUUAUUAUGAGGAAGCCACCUCAACACGAUGGAGCAGGUGUAUGACCUCCCUGCUUUAAGGAGAGUUUUAUUUGAAAGAUUGUAGCAAGUAUCUAAUUUUAAGUGUGAAAUAUUUUAUAUAAUGGGGCUGAAAUGGCUGUGAUGCCACAUGCCACCAGUCUCCACAUACCUGGUUGUGCCCACUCUAAAAACUGUUAUAACUGUCUGGCAUAUUGUGACUUGUAAGGAUCCAAUUUAUGGACCAGCUGUGAGUUCAACACUUCCAAAUGACAAGGGCUAUGUUCAAAAGAAUUGUGUGAUAAGGUCUUAUCUUUCAUUGGGCCAGUCACAUCAACCUAUUGCACAAUCAUAACACAUGCAUGAAUGGUCAAAACAUGUCAUAGUUUUACAAAUAAACUGUUUCCAUCACCUUAAUGUGCAUUUUAACUAAUUAACUAAAAUUCUCUAGAAAAUUAAUCUCCUCCUAGCGUAAUAAAUGUUAUGCUAAUUUAGAAUGUUUAUUUGCAUAUCAAGCAUCUCCAUUCAGGAUUUCGUAUGUGCAGUUUCAAAAUGUGCAUAAAAAUAUUUGAAUGGAAAUCCAGCUUGUCUUCUAAAUCUUGCCAUUUAUUUAAUGCAUUAUUUGUUUAACAUGUAAGCAUGUAAAAGUUAUUAGAACUGGACACGGAAAAGGCCAAUGAUGUCUGAUGGAAAGUCCCUCAAAGGGUUUCUACUUGUGUUCUGGGAAAUUCUGUUUAUGAAUGAAAAAAUAAAAAUUAAUUCU